UCAGCAAUUUAACAUCAGCGCUUGCAUUCCAAGGUGGAAAGGAUAAUCAUAACCUCACCUCCGGUAAUGUUUGUACUCAUGCUGUGAAAAGAGAGUAGUCACAAGUUGCAGCCUGCUGACACAGUUUUAUCCUUGCUUGGGGAGGAGUCAGAGAGGCUUUUUAUAUCCACUUAACUUGAUACGGACACUUAUGAUUAGUUUUCCAAGCAGAAAAUAUUACUUCAACACUGGCUGACCCUGAGGGCACAGACCUGCGAGAUGCACUGUUACGGAGACUUGGUCAACUGUCUCAGCUGUGGGAUCAUCCUGAUAGGACUCGGGCACUUGGUCCAUCAUAAGAGGAUGCAAAGCUCCUACGGGCGCCACAUGGUAUUCUCUCCUCCAGCUAGGACAGUCCCGGCCAGACUAGCCUGGUUCCUCCAGGAGAUACCAGCUUUCUCGAUUCCCCUGCUUUUAAUGUUCACCUCGCAGAAUCCCUCCAUUGUGGGGAAGUACCUGCUCCUCAGGUCCUUUUGCAUACUCUACCUUCAAAGGACAUUUGUCUAUUCCCUGCUGACCAGAGGACAGCCUUUCCCACUGGGUGUAAUGAUGGCAGGAGGUUUCUUCUGCUCUCUGAAUGGUUUCCUGCAAGGACACUACCUGCUGCACUGUGCUCAGUUUGAUGACGAAUGGUUAGCUGACUAUCGCUACAAAACUGGUUUAGUAACGUUUUACGUUGGAAUGGCCAUCAAUAUACACAGUGACUAUAUUCUACGUAAUCUAAGAAAACCAGGAGAAGUAAUUUACAAGAUUCCUAAAGGAGGUCUGUUUGAAUAUGAUUCUGGUGCCAACUACUUAGGAGAGAUUGUGGGGUGGUUUGGCUUUGCUUUGGCCACCUGGUCCCUUCCAGCCCUCUCCUUCGCUAUGUUAAGCACGAGUUUCAUUGGACCAAGAGCCUAUUACCAUCACAGGUUUUACCGAGAGAAAUUCAAAGACUAUCCCAAGUCACGAAAGGCUUUGAUUCCAUUCAUCUUCUAAAUGAAAAGCACCUGACGGUCAUCUUGUGAGAGCAGACAAUAAUUGAACCAACAGCAGAAGACAAGCACAGGAAUCUGCGAUCCUGCUGUAGUAUUUUUAAGCAAAAAUGACACUCAUUUUACUUCAUAAGAAGCUAUCUUGAUUUUGCUUUCAGUCGAGUACAGUCAUUACUGUUUUGAAUUGCAGAAUACCAUUAGAACAGAUUGAUUGUUCAACUCUUUCUAUAGAAAACUGCUACAGAAGAAACUUGCAAAAAGACAAUGAUAAAAUAACUUGGUGCUAUUACGAAGAGAUUCUGUGACCAGAAAUAUAAGUUUAUUUUUUAUCAACAUAUAUGACAAAUGACACAUCUCACUACACUGAUUGUAACUUGGUUCAGAUUUCACCAGAUAUGGGCUGUCAGACUGUCUACAACUUGUCAUAAAACAUUGCGGACAGGGAGGUGUUAUGGUGGAAUACUUCAUGGGCUGAGGUUAGUCUUUGUA